AUGUUUACGAGUACAAGUUCUGCCCAUGAAGAGCAAAAUACCAUCACAGAAACCACAAAGACCCUUGAUGAAGAUGUGAAAAAGGAUGAUUCUGCUAAGCAACCCGAUUCUAUUUCCUCGCCUAAAUCCCAAUAUGCCACAGAUCCACCAAAAGAUGUACCAACCGAAAAAGACAUCUCUAAUAAUGAACCUACCCGUGACCAGGUGCGAAAGCAUCUUAUGAACUUGAUAGAUCAAGAACUCCACUUUAUUCAAAAGAUUUGUCCGAAACUUGGAAAACACGAAGAACAUAUAAAGAAAGAAGUCCAAGAAGCCUCUGGCAUUUUUGCAAAGUUAACAGCGGAAGUUUGUCAACUGAAGGAACUCAAAGAUCUUAAGAAGACUGUCACUAAACUGAAACUUCAAAUCCCAGCAAAAUACAGAACAUAUGACCUAACCGACCAACAAAAAGACCAACAAUACGAUGUCGAUAACAAAGGCAUCCUUUCCACCAAGUUACAGAAAAUCAUGCCCAGGCUGCAUAACGAACUGUUCCAUGAUAGUUCGUUUUGUAAAACCAUACAACAACGUUAUGAUGAACUCAGGCGUGAGUUAAAGCUUUGUUUGCUAUGUUUUUCAGUGUUUCCAGAAAAUGCAUUGAUUAGCAGAAGGUUAAUGGUUUAUUGGUGGAUAGGAGAAGGAUUUGUCCCACGGGAAGAUGAUUUGUUAGUUGGAAGAACCCAAGAGGACUAUGCUAAUGAUUUAUUUAAAGAGCUUAUGGAAAAGGAAUUCAUCGAGCCUAUUAUCUCAAAAUCGCAUGGUCGUAAUGUGGCUAUUUGCAAAAUGCACCCUAUGAUUCGUGCUUCAAUUAUUAUGAUUGCAGACAAGGUGAACUUCUUUGAUUUUGAUGAGUAUGGUAACCCAAAAGACUUUGGAAAAUUUGAUGAGAUAGAUACUCCAGACGAAAUUCCUAGCAACUAUCCCCUUGGUGAUCCAAGAGAAUUCUUUGAUUUCUACGAUGAAAACUACAAAGAAACAGAAGAACCCAUCGAAUUCUUUGAUUCAUACGGGGACCCAACUCCAUUCUUUGUUUAUCCCCAAAACAAAGAUCAACUACAUGAGGAAGAUCAAAAUAUAAUUGAGCUAAAAGAUACGCAUAAAAAAUACUACUUUUAUAAGAAAAAGAAGAUCAUCACAAGGUCCUAUAAGGUGUGUUUAAUGGGUAGUGGGCUAUCAAAAGGUAUCACAUGGGAGAAGCUUCAUCUGUUAUUUAAUAUCAAGGAUGAUAUUCUAGAGUUCAAGCCAGAAUGGUUUAUUAGAAUGAAGAAUGCGAAUAUGGUCUUCCUGGGAAGGUGGCAAAGCUCAGCUGCUCACCAUAUUGAGGUUGAGGAUUUCAAUUUUGAAGAGACUUUGGAGAAUAUGAACCAUGUGAGGUUCUUUAGUCUUCAAGGAGUUUCUAGGAUUUCCCAACUUCCAAAUUCUAUUUCAAAGCUUGAAAGCCUUCUCAUUCUUGACCUCAGAGCUUGCCAUAAUCUUGAGUUAAUUCCUAAAACCAUUGGUUCACUUAAGUUCUUGACGCAUUUAGACAUGUCUGAAUGUUACUUACUACAAGAAAUGCCCAAAGAGAUUUCGUGUCUAGAAUCGCUUCAGGUCUUGAAAGGGUUUGUUGUGGUCGAAUCACCAGGAAGGCAUGUAUGCACCCUUCACGAUUUGAUAAAUCUAGAAUACUUGAGAAAGCUUAGCAUGUACACACAUAUGAUAAAUUUCCCUCAAGAAUCACAUCUAGAUGCGUUACAAAAGUUGGACAUGCUUCGUAAGCUAACAAUCUUGUGGAGUGGCCAUGUGUCAAAUUUGAAUUAUGAUAAGUUGACAGUACAUGGUCAAUAUAAAAAGAAACUUAAACUUCCAUCGAUAAAACUCAUUCCAAAGAAAAAGUGGGUGAAAGGGUCCAUGAGAAGAAUGAAUGCCUUCAACAACUCAACAUUGGGUUCACGACUUGAAAAACUUGACCUCAAGUGUUUCCCCAGCAACCUUACUCCAAAUUGGCUAACCCCUGGUAGUCUUAAAGCGCUAAAGAAACUAUACAUCCGUGCUGGAAACUUCUCUGAUUUAGGUCAGUAUCAGGAAGUUCUUGAAUGGGAUGAUUUCCCCACUCCGCCCAAGGACACAUGGAAUGUUGAGGUAUUGCGAUUGAAGUACUUAGAUGAAAUCAAGAUGGAUUGGAGGGAGCUGCAAGAUUUAUUUCCGAAAAUCACUUCUUUGGAAAAAGUUAAAUGCCCAAGGCUCACACUUUUUCCUUGCAAUGAGCGUGGAGUAUGGAAUAAGAAGACAUCAUCGACUACAUGA